CUCUCUGCAAAUCGCGAGUUAUUGAUAUUCAAUUUUUCAUAGUACAAGUGAUAAUAAUGAAAACGAUACAGUGUUUUGUGCCCCUUGUGGUGCUGUUACUAGUUAGUGGAUCACUUGCAUAUCCAAGUAUUCUAGAGGGUAUCGCUGACAGACACCGUCAGCGAGUGGAACACCUGGGAUCCCUCCUGGAUCCCCUAGGUAUUUUCCAUCCCAACAGAGGCGCUGAAGCCUCAGCGAAUGCGAAAGCCACGAAUUUCCAUCAUGGUUUCCAUCUCGGUCCAAUUGGAUUCGAAACAUCACUGAACCAUGCAUCUGCCAAUUCCAAAGCUAAUGCCAAUGGUAACGGUGGUGCAUCAGCAGGAGCCGGAGCUCAGGCUUCAGCAGCCGGCGCUUCUGCCAAUGCCAAUGCUCAAGCUCAAGCUCAAGGUUAUGGUAAUGGGGGAUAUGGACCGGGUGAAUACAACAACGGUGGAUAUGGACCUGAUGGAUACAACAAUGGUGGAUACAGAAAUGCCGAGGCUAACGCGAACGCGAAUGCUAAUGCCAAUGUGAACAUCAACGGAUUCCCCGGAGGAUUCAACGGUGGGCCACAAAGUGGUUUUCCUGAUGUUCCCUCAGGUGGGUUCCCUGGUGCUCCGUCAAGGGGAUUCCCCAGUGUAAAUCAGGGUGAAUACCUCAAUGGAAAUCAGGGUGGAUUCUACGGCGGCAAUCAGGCCGGCUAUCCGGGGAGACCCAGCGAAGCUUCUUCAAGCUCACACUCUGAGGCAGAUUCCCAAGGCCACACGCACACCAACACCAAUACACAUACUCAAGGAAAUGCUCAAGCUGAGGCUGAUGCAAACGCACGGGAAUCAGAAAAUUACGGUGCAUAUUACAAAGGCGGACAAUCGCCCCUUGGGAAACCCCAGGGACCCCCUGGAUGCACGCGGUGCAAUGGACAGAUUCAAAGUAAUGGUGAUGCUCACGCUGCGGCGAAUGCGAUAGCUAAUGCUGCUAGCAAUGGACAGGCCCGUGGAUCAUCUAAUGCUGUCUUGGUGCCCGUCGUCAUUGUUGAUGGACCGCCAGACCGUUCAUAUCGGCCACAGCGACCAUCACCUCCUCGUCGUCAUCACCAUCAUCAUCAUCGACCUCAAAAACCCAAGCCAUCACCACCAUCACCCCAAUCACCGCCAUCACCAAUAAUACCUCAACCACCACCAUCACAAAUCACCCCAUAUCCACCAACAUCGCCCACGAUUCCUCAACCCUAUCCCGUUCUUCCGAUACUUCAGCAGCCACAACAACCGGUGGAGCGUCCGAUGAUUCCCACGAAGGCUCCAGGUGCCGGAUACAAUCCCGGAUCUCAUGGCGGUUCUCACCAUUCUGGAUCACAUGGUGGCCAAGGACUCUACCCCAACAAUCCUUUCUUGAAUGGAGACAGCAAUUCAAAUGCUAAUGCGGGAGCCAGUGGUGGGUCGUACGGACAACAGGGAGGAGUAGGUGGUCAGAGUGGCGGCAAUUACGGUCAGGGUCAAUUUGGUGGAGGUUCUGCUGGGGCAAAUGCCAAUGCUCAAGCCAAUGCUGAGGCCAAUGCAAAUGCAGGGUCAAGCGGUGGAGGAUAUGGUGGGUCCCAGGGAAGUGGAUCCAUUGGAGGUGGUCCGAUCGGAGGUGGCCCGAUCGAAGGUGGUCAUGGUGGAUCUUCUGGAAGUAGUCCGGUAGGAGGAGGUUAUCCAGGAUCAGUUGGUGGUGGAUACGGUGGAUCAUCCGGUUCGAAUGCCAAUGCAAAUGCUCAGGCUGGGUCUCAAGGACAAGGUGGAUCAUUCGGAGGUAGUCAGGGUGGCUCUCAGGGAAGUGGAUCAGGCGGAGCAGGUUAUCCAAGCCCAUCCGGUAACACAGGAGUAGUUGGUGGCGGAUACGGUGGAUCCAGUUCCAAUAGUAAUGCUCAGGCUGGGUCUCCAGGACAAGGGGGAUCAUUCGGACAAGGUGGUCACGGUGGCUCUCAGGGGAGUGGAUCAGGGGGAGUAGGUUAUCCAGGUUCCUCUGGUAAUACAGGAGUAGGUGGUAGCGGUUAUGGUGGAUCCAGUUCCAAUGCCAAUGCUCAGGCUGGAACUCAUGGACAAGGUAUUGGCUCCGGAGGUUCUCACAAUCAGGGAAGUGGCUCCUACGGUGGCAGCUCCCAAGGAAGCUACGGUGGCUCAUCCGGAAACCUAGGAGGCUCCUACAGCACUCCAAUCCCAAGCGGUAGCUAUGGAGGUUCUUCAGGAGCCAACGCUAAUGCCAAUGCCAAUGCAAAUGCUGGAGGUCAGGGAGAUGGGGGAUCAACUAGUGGCGGACACGGUGGCUCUCAGGUUGGUGGUGGAUCUCAUGGUACUGGAUAUGGAGGUGCUUCUCAGGGAGGUUCAUCUGGAACCGGGGGAGGCUCUCACGAUCUUCCAAGACCCAUUGGUACAGGUAGUUACGGAGGUGCUUCAUCCGGCGGUAGUUCAAAUGUUAAUUCUAAUGCGAACGCCAACGCUGGGGGUUCAUCAGGAGAACAAGGAAGUUCAGGAAACUAUAGAGGGUCCUCAGGAAACUAUGGAAGUUCCUCCGGAAACCAUGGAGGUUAUUCCGGUGGUGUUCCGUCAGGAGCUAGUGCCACAGCAACCGCCAAUGCUAAAGCUACUGCCAACGCAGGAGCACAUGCCGACGCCAGUGCCGAUGCAGUAGCUAACGCAGAUUCAGCUUCUGGAAACAUAGGAUCCAACCACGUCCCCGGGGCAGUUGACUCCUACGGCACUCCUGUGGGUGGAGGUUAUGAAGGUUCGGACAGCGGAAAGGCUGGAGCAACGGCCAAUGCUAACGCCAUUGCCAACGGAAAUGGAGGCUCGGCAAAUGCUAAUGCAAAGGCCGUAGCUAAUGGUUCAUCGGGAGGUUAUGGAAACGGUGGAGCCAGUGCAUCAGCCAGUGCAAAUGCUAAUGCCAGUGCUAAUGGCAGCGGAAACGCUCGAGCCACGGCCAAUGCUAAUGCCAAUGCAUCCGGCGGACUGGAGUCAAAGAGUUCAGCAUCCGCUGAUGCCGUUGCCACCAUUGAUACAAGGCAGAUGCUCGUAUUUACUGACUAAAUGCUCAUCAUUAUAAUGACGUCGAUAUGUUUUCUUCUUCUAAUUGUAUAGUAGUAUUUAUGAAUUGAAUCAUUAGGUUUAUUUAUAGCUUAUAAAAACUUGCUGGGACAUCAGUAUGCUUAGAUAUUACCUGAGAUACAUUCCCAUUUUAUGGUCAAGAGUGUUAAAUACUCUGGGUGCAAAUAUGCAGGUAUUACUCAGGUAGUGGCGGUGUUGAAAACUUGUGAAACCAGUUUCACGGGAAUUACGCUGGUCCGUCGCGCCGAAUCGCCGUCUACUUACAUGGUCAACUCAAUGCCGCAAAUACUCUUUCGUGUGAUGUUUGUCCUUUAUGUAUGGAUAUUUUCUUAUUUUUGAAUGUAUAUGUUCAAGAUGAUUAAAUCUAAUUAUAUUUCAUGUGCAUCCAUCGGAAUUUCCGAGAGACUUAUUAUUAUCUUCCAUCAUUACGUAAAUUGCUGGAGAUUCAUUUAUAUAUUCUUCAGUUUUAUUUAUAUAUCAUUAAAUGUAAGGAGAAAAAGAGAAAAUAAUAUGAUGCCAUAUUCGAAAAUGUGUCCAAUAAAAUUGAGUUCAUUGAAGGAAAA